UGGUCUUGAUCUUCUUUGGCCUUUCUGUGGUUCUUUCCCCUUCCCGUGAAAUGGGUUUUGUUCUCUUGUCGCUGUCGCGGCGGCUGUAGAGCUUCGUGUUGUGAUGAAAGCCAGGGGAAGGCUUGUUGCGAGCGUGUUGUGUAGUGAGUGAAAUUUGGUCGGAAUGGUUGAAGGAAGCGAGUUUGAUGGAGUGAAUCAGUGGGGUUGAGGUCAUUCUUUACGUGUUCAGUUGUCAUCGUGCCAGAGACUGGAUUCUUUAGCCUUCUUCUUUUUUGCUGAUAUAUGCAUAGAGAAGGAAUUUUGGGGCGAGCGCUAUUCGGAAAACAGAGCGACAUUAGCAAGAUCUGUCUCUUGGAGUCGGGUUCAUUGGCAGCUAAUAUGGACUUAGAAAUGAGGUAUCUGGAUUCUUGCAAGGGGCAUCAGAUACAACCCAAUGCUGAAGUUGUAUCGUGGUUUUCAAAGGUCCUGAUUUUGACUUCUGAUGUAAUGGGAUUUCUUUACUCAGUGAUUUGUCAAGGCUAAGACUGAGAUGACUUCCUGUGGAGGAUGUCACAUUGUCAUCUCACUGGAUCAUCUACAGGACACUGAUCUCCUACCACUAAUUGAUGUUUUCAUGGAAAUCCAUUCUUUUGAUGUUGACACAGUUGAUGUUGUUCAUAACUCACCUCAUCUCUUGAACUUGGAAAAUCUUAUUGAUUUGAUGCAUGCAAUUGGUGAUAAGCUACAUGCUGUUAAUCUCCAGGAUUCAUCCCUUGGGGAGGAAUUUCUAAGCAAUCUGAGCAAGAGGGAAGUUUCCUGUAAAGUCUUCAGUUUCUGGUCCCUCCAAAUUCAGAAGCUCAACAUUUUUGGUAGAUUUACACAGUUGCAUACCCUUAACCUGGAUUUCUGUACGUCAGUCACUAGCUUCCACAAGGACUGUUUUUCUGGCAUGCCAAAUCUGAUGCGUUUAUCAAUGUGUGAGACAAGAGUGGCUAAUCUCUGGACGACAACUGCUGUGUUGUCUAAGCUUCCUUCUUUAGUGGAACUACGAUUCCAGAAAUGCUUAUGUUGCCAUGACACUGGACCGUGUGCUUCCCUCUACAGUGAAAAGGCAAAUCUUCUUGUUGGUGAGGAAACUGGUUCAGUUCUACCGAACUAUUCUUCCUGCAAAGCUGUACAAUCUGUUUCUCAUGGCAGCGCCAUGCACAAAGUUCUUGAUGAAGUUGAGGAAAUCAAUGAGAAAGAAUUGGUUUUUAUGUGCGCUCAAAAGCAGAAGUCAUGGAAUGGUAGUGCCACAUUCAAAAAGUAUGUCUCGCAUCAUUGCUCACCUAUAUGCUAUGAGAAAUACUACAGAGAAUAUAUGAUUGUUUGUCUGCCUCGUUUGGAAGUAUUGGACAACCUUCCUGUCCAGGAGGCCGACAAAGAAGUGGCAAAAAAUGUCUUCUCGAGUCACUAUGAGAACUUACCCUAUGGGCGACAGCACAAAGAAAGUGUCAUUGCAGUCCUGCAUCAACGUGAAAUGGGAAAAGUCAGCUUUUACCACCCAAAAUCAAUUAAAUUAAAGCAUUCAGUUUCUUCUAGGACGGGCCAACAUUUUUUCUCAAGAUCUCUUAGUGCAGCCAAACUUGGAUCAUCCGCAUGGCCUCUCAUACAACCAGUUUCAAAAAUUGGCCGUCUUUUCAAAGAAGAAGGUAUACAACUUCGACCGAGGCAGUUUGAGUACAAUCCAUCAGACCCUUCUCUUAUGGCUUUCGGAACUUUGGGUGGCGAAAUAAUUAUUACCAACCAUGAAGGUGGAAAAAUUGUUGGUUAUGUCCCAUCAACAGGUGUGGAAAAUAGUAUAUUGGGUCUCUGUUGGCUCAAGAAAUAUCCAUCCAAGCUUAUUGCAGGUUCUGACAAUGGGUCGUUGAAGUUGUUUGACAUCAAUUGUAUACCACCAAAAGUUCCAGACUUCUCAUUCAGUUAUGAUGCUGUCACUUUUGCCGAUUUUGAGCAGUUGACCUCCGUACAUGUCAAUUCGAUGGACGAUAGACUUCUUGUUAGUGGCUACACAAGAAACAUUGCUCUUUACGACAUUGGCACUGGUCAACGCAUGGAGCUGUUCAGGGAUUUGCACCGUGAACCUAUAAAUGUUGCUAAAUUUGCAAAUCACUCUCCGUUCUUGUUUGCUACUUCAUCAUUCGACCGUGAUGUCAAGAUGUGGGAUCUGAGAGAGACUCCGGUGCGACCUUGCUAUACAGUUUCAAGCUCCAGAGAAAAUGUAAUGGUUUGCUUCUCCCCUGAUGACCACUAUCUGCUGGUCUCUGCUGUUGAUAAUGAGGUCAAGCAGCUUUUAGCUGGUGAUGGAAGGAUCCAAAUGAAAUUUGAGAUAGCUUCAACUGGAAGUGUUCAUAAUUACACACGUUCAUAUUAUAUGAAUGGAAGGGACUAUGUCAUCAGUGGAAGUUGUGAUGAGCAUGUAGUCCGCAUCUGCUGUGCCCAAACUGGAAGGCGACUGAGGGAUGUCUUCUUGGAGGAUGGGAACACUGGAAAUUCUAUGUAUGUGCAGUCUUUAAGAGGCGAUCCCUUUAGGAGUGUUGUUGAUCCACUAGUCAAGAUGAUUUCUCUAUCCAACGAGGAAUCAAGUAUUUGGAUGACAAUACUGUUGCCAAUGCGGAUAGGAGGCGUUUCAACGAUUUUCAAUGAUUACAAGCCCGAAUUACUACUUCUAGAAAUAUUCCUAUAUUGCUUCCAUCGCCUAGUCGGUUAUCUAUACUAGUUGGAUUGCCAAAGGAAUUUGUAGGGGUUCAACUUGGAGUACAUUUGGUCAUUAAUUUAACUACAGUGAUUUUAGACUUGAAGCUGAUUUUCAAGUGCCAAAAUUUAGUUUGAAACUACUUGUUUCAUUAUUUUUAUUGAUUGGGGAUAUGGAUGUUUUGUCCACUCGUAUUGAGUAAAUUGUACGUAGGAUCAUGUGCAUUUGUCAGUCCCAUACAAAGACAGAUCAUGGGGUUGACCUCUUUUGUUGAAUGGGUUGAUCUCCUGAGAUCAUAGGGUAUUUUUGUACAUGAGGCACAGGAAAAUUCUGUAUUUCUUAGGGGUUUGAUUCCCUUGGAGGGCCCGAAUUUCUACCUUCAAUGAGGUGCAAAGGAGAUUCAAUCAAAUGCAGGGAUGCGUGUCAGAUUUCUGUGAAUACAGGUGUCGUCCAUGAAAUAUACCUAUUUUUGUUUAGGUUUUGGAAUGCAGAUUCAGUUUGACAGUGAAAAGAUAGUUGCUAAUUCUUAUAGCUUGCUAACUUUAUUGAAUAUGCAUUCAAAAAACCAAAGUUGAAAUGACUAUCACUUGACAGGGUUUAUCGCAGGCUAUGUCCUUUGCUAGACAGAGAUUUUCUUCUUCUUUUAUUAUUCAACCGCAGUGAAAUUGGUUGCAAAGUAAUAUUUCCAUCUUUACAACAUGCACUUUGCACGUGGAGGAAACCAGAUGGAUCAUCUUCUGGACCUGAAUUACUAUUUAAUUUGCUUAGAUGCUAAUCACGUGCUUAUU